CCAAUUCAAUUUUACUAUUGAUGUAGCGGUCUCACUAAAAAUUAAUUCCACAUCAUAUCAUAUCUUGUAGUGGAGGAUUGCUCACCUCACUUGCCAAUGAAGCUCAAUGAUUGAACUCCAUUAAUGUUACCUCCAAAAAUUAGUAGUGUAUUAAUUAUUAUGAGGUGUCUUAAAUUAUAAGGGACCAUUUGUUUGUGACUCCUCACUCUUAUUUAUGCAAAUAUGAUCUCAUCCCAAUAUCCCAUCUUGCUCUUAUGUUGUGUAUACACAAUAGUAUAGUAUAGUGUGUGCAGCACAUUUUGUCAAAUCAUUGAAAAUCUUUUUUUUUUCUUCUUCUUUUUGGUUCUGAAAGUGUAGGGGGACCUCAGCUUGAGCCUUGAAGGUGAAGGAUGUGAGGGGUGCUUUUUUUAAAACCACGGAUUUCACAGUUCCUCUUUCGAAAUCGAAAUGACAACAGGCAAUAAGGAUUUUAAAUUACUUUUACGGGAAUAAUGAAAUGAUAAUUCUAUAUAUAGGUGUUUACAGUUUUGAAAUAUGAUCAUAAAAUAUAAAUAAUUUUACAUAUAUGUGCUCUGUCUGUGCCAGCUGUAUGGAACCGUAAGACAAUGGCACAAAAGUUCAAAGCACGACCGACACAAUCUAAUAGUGAGACUUGCACAUUAAUUUUAGUUUCAUAAAAUUUGGACUUAUAUAUAUUAAAAUAGUAGAAAUACUUUAUGUCAUUUGUCAUAGUGAUAUACACUGAAGUCUCUCUGAAGUAGCUGAUGAAGAGAAAAAUGAGUUGUGUGAAACUGAAGUCAAGUAGUGUUGUAGUGGUUUUAUGCAUGUGGGUUGUUGUGUUGGUGCCAAGUUUUUGUGGUGCAACUUCAAGCUCUUCAAAAUGUGAAUUCAAAGCAAUCUUUAACUUCGGAGACUCCAACACUGAUACCGGUGGCUUUUGGGCUGCUUUUCCAGCUCAGUCUGGGCCUUUCGGCAUCACUUAUUUUAACAAACCUUCUGGUCGAGCUUCUGAUGGCAGGCUCAUCGUUGAUUUUCUAGCUCAGGCUCUGGGAUUGCCAUUUCUGAGCCCAUAUUUGCAAUCCAUUGGAUCUGAUUAUAGACAUGGGGCCAAUUAUGCUACACUUGCGUCCACUGUGCUCCUUCCUAACACUUCCUUAUUUGUCACUGGGAUAAGCCCAUUUUCACUAGCUAUCCAACUCAAUCAAAUGAAGGAAUUUAAGGUCAGGGUUAAUGAAUUUCAUAACUCAUCUGACCAAAAAGAAUCACAAAGACUUCCUUCACCGGACAUAUUCGGAAAGUCACUCUACACCUUCUACAUUGGGCAAAAUGAUUUCACUUCCAACCUAGCAGCUAUUGGUAUACAAGGAGUCCAACAAUAUCUACCACAAGUGGUGUGGCAAAUUGCUUAUACAAUAAAGGAGCUGUAUGGCAUAGGAGGGCGAGCCUUUUUUGUGCUUAACAUGGCACCCGUGGGUUGCUAUCCAGCGGUUUUGGUGCAAGUUCCUCAUAAUAGCUCAGACAUUGACCCCUUUGGAUGCCUAAUUUCAUAUAACAACGCAGUAGUUUCCUACAACAAAUUACUGAAGGAUGCCCUAAGUCAGACUAGAAGCUCUCUCCCAAAUGCUUCCCUCAUCUAUGUGGACACUUACUCUAUUCUACUAGAGCUUUCCCACCAUCCUACAUCUCACGGGUUGAAAUAUGGUACAAAAGCUUGUUGUGGGCAUGGUGGUGGUGCGCAUAAUUUUGAUCCAAGAGUUUACUGCGGAAACACUAAGGUUAUCGAUGGCCGUAAUGUGACUGCAGAGGCUUGUAGUGAUCCGCACAACUAUGUAAGCUGGGAUGGGAUUCAUGCCUCUGAAGCUGCUAACAAAGUCAUCACCAAGGCAAUUCUAAGUGGCUCUUAUUUUGAUCCUCCUUUUCCUUUGUCCCACCUUUGUGAUCUUCAACCAAUAGGUUAACCAUUUUACUUUAUUCCUUCGUCACUUUAAAUCAUUUCAUUUGACAAAGUUAAGUGACUCUAGUAGUGGCAAAUACCUAUAUCUUCAAAUCACAUCAAUCAUUCAAAAUAUUUAUUUAAAAUUUUAAAUUAAAAAAGACCUUGUGGGUUGACUUAUCUGUAAGGUAAGCUCCUAGCGUAUUGCUUUCG